AUGACUGAAUCCGCAGAGGAUCGUGAGUCAGAGCUGCUUACUUUGGAAUCUAUUUACGAACAGAAUUUUCGCAUCAUUCGGAAUGAUGGGUUGCAGAAAUUUGAAGUCCGUUUGUCUGGCCAUGCGGGUGACGAGCAUAAGGUUGAUGUAGAAUGCACCUUAUCUUUCGAAUAUACGGAAUCCUAUCCACAAGAACCACCAUUGUUCCAGGUCAUCAAAGCUAAAUCUUUGACAGGAGAGGAGGUUGCGGCUAUCGAGGAAAUUGUCAGCACCGUAUCCCAGCGUUCUUUAGGAUACAUUAUGAUUUUCGAUAUUCUCUCUGAAGUUCAAGAGAAACUAAAUUCCUUGGGAGAAGAAAGAAUAGCUAAACAUGCAAGAGCCUUAAAGGAGAAACAGCGUCUGAAGGAGAUUGAAGAGGAGGCCAAAUUCAAGGGUGACAGAGUAACAGUCGAAUCAUUUCUACAAUGGAAUACUAAAUUUCUCGCGGAAAUGUCAGCGGCUCGUGAAAAGAACAAAGUAACCGAAGAUGCAAGCUCAAAUCGUCUUACCGGUCGUGAAUUGUUCUUGCGAGAUAAUCGCUACGACGAUUCUGAUAUCAAAUUCCUAGCGGAGGCUGGUGAGGUAAUGGAGAUUGAUGAGAAUCUGUUCGCCAGCAUCGGUGAUAUUGAUCUGUCUGAGGAUCCUGGGCUAAAUUCCGACUCAGUGUGUACUUGA